CAGUAUGUGAAUCCUGCAUUUGAAGUAAUGAUGGGUUACAAGCGAGAGGAAUUGAUAGGGAAGGAGCAAACAGAAGUGCCUAAAAGUGAUAAAAACAAAGCUGAUCUUCUAGACACAAUCAACUCCUUUAUUAAGAAAGGAAAGGAGUGGCAAGGAAUGUACUAUGGCAGAAAACGAAAUGGCGACAGUGUACAGCAAAAUGUAAAAAUAACUCCUGUCAUAGGUCAAGGAGGGAAAAUUAGACACUAUGUGUCUAUUAAACGACCAUGUAAUGAAAACAAGAGUGACAAAUCUCACUUAUGUGAUCGUGUUCAGGCUGAAUCCCAAACAGACGUCCACACUUGUAAACACAAAGACAGGAGGAAAAGUUCCGAUGUCAGAUCCAACACGUCACGAGGGAGUGAUGGUAGUUCCCAGCCCAGAAGAUCCUCUAUUGCUAGGAUACAUUCCAUGACCAUUGAAGCUCCCAUUACCAAGGUAAUAAAUAUCAUAAAUGUUGCACAAGAGAGCAGCUCUGAGCCAGUGGCUGAAGCUUUGGAUCGUGUGCUGGAAAUUCUCCGAACGACAGAGCUAUAUUCUCCGCAGCUUGGAAGCAAGGAAGAUGACCCACAUGCUAGUGACCUAGUCGAUGGGCUGAUGUCUGAUGGUUUACGGAGACUGUCUGGAAAUGAAUACAUCUUCACCAAAAAUGCUCACACUAUUCACUCUCACUUUCAUAUUCCUGUCUCACUGCAUGAUAUCCCACCAAGGAUAACUGAAAGCAUGGAGAAUGAGGACUGCUGGGACUUUGACAUAUUUGAAUUGGAGGCUGCAACUCACAAAAGGCCUCUGGUCUACCUUGGGCUGAAAACAUUUUCACGCUUUGGAGUCUGUGAAUUUUUAAACUGUUCUGAAUCAGUAUUACGUUCCUGGUUACAAGUUAUUGAAGCAAAUUACCACUCCUCGAAUUCCUACCACAAUUCAACACAUUCUGCUGAUGUACUGCAUGCAACUGCUUAUUUCCUUUGUAAGGAAAGAGUUAAGCAAAGUUUGGACCGGACUGAUGAGGUGGCAGCUCUUAUUGCAGCCACAGUACAUGAUGUUGAUCACCCUGGCAGAACAAACUCGUUUCUGUGCAAUGCAGGCAGUGAGUUGGCACUCCUUUACAAUGACACAGCCGUGCUGGAGAGUCACCAUGCAGCACUGGCAUUUCAGCUGACCACACGGGAUGAUAAAUGUAACAUCUUCAAGAACAUGGAGAGGAAUGAAUAUCGGACACUCCGACAAGCUAUUAUAGAUAUGGUCCUUGCGACAGAGAUGACAAAACACUUUGAACAUGUCAACAAGUUUGUAAACAGCAUCAACAAACCUUUGGCUGGACUGGAGGAUAACGGCUCUGGGAAUAGUGGUAUCAAUGAAGAUUCAUGUAAUACCAUCCUCACAUCUCCUGAAAAUCGAACUCUGAUCAAACGCAUGUUAAUAAAAUGUGCAGAUAUCUCCAAUCCCUGCCGACCCCUAGAUCUCUGUAUUGAGUGGGCUGCACGUAUUUCAGAGGAGUAUUUUGCUCAGACUGAUGAGGAGAAACGACAAGGGUUACCUGUAGUAAUGCCUGUGUUUGAUAGAAAGACUUGCAGCAUCCCCAAGUCACAAAUUUCCUUCAUCGAUUACUUUGUAACGGAUAUGUUUGAUGCCUGGGAUGUGUUCGCUGACCUACCCAACUUGAUCCAGUACUUGGCGAUUAAUUUCAAAUAUUGGAAGUGUCUGGAUGAACAGAAGCUGCGUUCUCUCCGUCCUCCUGAGCCAUGAAUGGGCUGUGACCAGGCCAGAUAUGUUAUCAGACUCAUUGCCAUUUGUACAAGUCCUGCAUUGCUUGCAAUUGGAUUUCUUCAAAAUGAGGCAGUCGAGCAUGACAUCCCAAGGGAAAUAUGGGAGCAGGACGCUUUGCUCUAAUUUGGCUGUCAGUUUUCAGAAUUUUUUACACUGGAUUGAUACUGUGCAAUCCUGCUCCAGUGUAAAGCUCCCAGCAGGACUGAUGAGAAAAAAUAGUUUGUGUGAUCCUCACGAUCAGCUGCUGCAGAACACCAUUGCACAUUUUUAAAAACUCACUCUAAGUGUAUCUGCUUUCUUUGUGUUGGGACUGUAUUAGGUAUCUGUACUUCAUCAUGGAACAGUGUGUGUCAGAGAUUUGUCUCGUCACCUGCACAGAGACUCCACAGAUCAAAUCUGUGCCACCAAAAAAUGCAAGACAUGAAGGAAACCUCAGCAUUUAGUGAAAUGUAUCUUGUUUAUUUUUAAGACCUAUUGAAAAGAAGCACUCCCUCCUCCCUGAGCACUACUGAUUCUGGUUUAUAAGUUUGAAGAAAAAAAAUAUAUAUGUGAAUCUAGGUGCAAAUGUUUAAAACAAAAGCUUUUCAAACAUGAUCAUUAACUAUUAUGAUUUAGAUGAUCUGUUUAUUUAUUUUGUUAGAUGUUUAAUAUUUUCUAUGAAUUUAUAUAAAUACUUAAAAAAAACCAAAGCCAACUUUUGAAUAAUAACAUAAAUUGACAUGAUUCAGAUGUGUUGAUGUACAGA